UGAGAAUACUUCCGAAGAAGUGUUUAUAUAUGAGAAAGACGAAAUAUAAACUGAUCAUUUGACUAUAUCAAAUAUAAAAUUCAUGUGCGUUUGUAUAUAUUUGCUUGCAAAUAUUCAAACUAAUUCUACAAAAUAAUUUUCAAGACAGUCAUCUUCUAUUAAAUAAUUUUGCUGAAAAUCGAACAUGACAUCCAAUAUCAUUUUAAAAAACUCUUCACUGAGCAAGUUGCCUAUUUAUAUGAUUUUACUAUUGUCUAUGAUAUGCCACACCAUUUUGUCCAGACAUAUAGACAGUGAUUCCAAGACACUAAGCACACGAGUGGUCAACACACGUUAUGGUUCUUUACGCGGCUUCAUAAGCAGCUUACCUAGUCGACAGCUGCAACCCACAGAAGUAUUUUUAGGGGUACCUUAUGCUGGUGCCCCAAAGGGACGUUUGCGAUUCAUGCCACCUGUAACAUCCCCACAUUGGAAAGGUGUUCGACUUGCAGAUCAUUUUGGCCCUGUAUGUCCACAAAAGUUGCCAAAUAUUGCAAAUGAAACAGAAGCUUUGAAGAAGAUGCCACUUGGUCGAUUCCAGUAUCUCAGAAGAUUGUUGCCCUACUUAAAUAACCAGAGUGAGGAUUGCUUAUAUCUGAAUAUCUACGCCCCCCAGUCGGUUGGAAAACAAGGAUUGAAAGUUCCUGUUAUGGUGUAUAUCCAUGGUGAAUCAUAUGAAUGGAAUGCAGGAAAUCCUUACGAUGGACGAGUACUUGCAAGCUAUGGCAAUGUAGUUGUUGUCACCAUUAAUUUCCGGCUUGGAAUCUUAGGAUUUUUACCAGCUGUGGAUCGUUCAGCUAGAGGCAACUAUGGACUGCUGGACCAGGUUGCUGCUUUACACUGGAUUCAGGAAAACAUUGGAGAAUUCGGAGGAGAUGCAGAAAAUGUGACAAUAUUUGGACAAGGAUUUGGAGCCGCAUUCGUAAAUUUAUUAAUGUUGUCUCCGAUGGCCAAAGGUCUCUUCCAUAGAGCCAUAAUGCAAAGUGGUUCAGCUCUUAGUCCAUGGGCAAUUGCCAGAGAUGCCAUAGCUCAUACAUUGCACUUAGCCCGAGUGCUGGACUGCCCUGCACAGCACAAUACGGCUUUGGUCGAAUGCAUGAGAAAAAGAGAUUUGCAAGAUAUUAUGAAUGUGGAGAUCAUGACUCCUGAUUAUUUAUCAACUUUUGGUCCAACAGUGGAUGGAAUAGUCAUACCACAAGACCCAUCUGAAAUUAUGGAGAAGAAUUCAGCAUUGUUCACCCAGUAUGAUCUGUUGUUUGGUGCUACGAGAGUUGAAUCAUAUUUUCAGUUUUCAGCAUACGAAGAGAAAUUUGGUAUGGACAGUGAAAGAAGAGACAGAGUACUCAGGACGAUGGUUAGGAACCUUUUCACAUAUCAUUUACAAGAGAUAUUCUUGACAAUUGUGAACGAGUAUAUGGACUGGUCAAGGCCAUUCCUUCACGCCUCUGAUAUCUUUGAUGGUACCAUUGAUGCGAUUGGUGAUGCAUUGGUUGUGGCACCGAUCAUUCGAGUAGGAUCCUUUCAUAGUGGUAGUCCGAGAGACAGCUACUUGUACUCUUCAUCUCCAUCGUCCUCAAGAGAAAAGAAAAGUUUUUUCUACGUUUUUGGAUAUCAGUCGGAAUAUGGGGACUAUUCAUCACGACUUGGAGCAGUUACCGGUGAAGAUCUAGCUUACGUAUUUGGCGCUCCUUUGGUGACGUCACUCUCCCAUUUUGCAAACAACUACACGAAAGCCGAAGCUACACUUUCAGAGAUUCUCAUGCUACAAUGGACAAAUUUCGCCAAAUUUGGGGAUCCAAACGUUUCACCACCAGAUGGAGAUAGUCAAAGUGAAAAUUUGAAAGGACGCUAUGAAAAAGUAACUUGGCCGGCAUACGAACCAGUCCAUCAGAAAUAUCUCAGCAUAUCUAUGAAACCGCGAGUUCGUGAUCAUUACCACGCCCAUCGGCUCUCUUAUUGGUUGAACCUCAUUCCUCGUCUUCACAGUUCCGGUGAUGUCAAUGUUUCGGUCCAGCAUCAUAGGCUGCAAGAUCAUGAUAAUCCCUUAACUUACGACGGCACUGUUCGACAUCUGCCUGGGGGUGGUUUCCCAUUCCCAUCCACGUUAUCUCCACUGACCAACGGCAAUGAACAUUCAUUGGAGCAAAGGAAUGACACUAGAAGUGAUGGUAACAUAUCACUGAAAGCAGAAUCGAAGGAAACAGAACUUAUUUCCAGUCGGGAUGAUGGCAACAGUACCCAGUCGGCAAGAAGUCCCCAGAAGUUUUAUUCCACAGCUUUGAUUAUUACGAUAGCAGUUGGAUGCACAUUACUGGUCUUAAAUGUAGUCAUAUUUGCUGGAAUCUAUUACCAAAAAGAAAAAGACAGCUUGGAAAAGAAACUGCAGAAGAAUUUUUAUCAAGAAAAAAGAAGUGAUGAUGAAGAAGGGCAACCUUCCAGCGAGAAACCAUUCCUAGUAAAAGAUCUCUCGUCGUCCAUGAUGCUCAAUCAGUAUUGUUCCCAGCAGGAGUUUGAUGGAAGCCAAACGCUUGAUUUAGUUCAGCCCAGUAAAGUGAAGCAGUACCAAAGCCAAACUCUGUCAUCUGCCAACAGCCGCGAGUCAUGCGACUCACAGUACCACAUGAGCAGCAGAACCCCACAGUCUGAAAAAGGAAUAAGCGUGAGAGAAGCACAACCUCUGCUGACUCCCCCGUCCUCUAAUCCUCACACCAUCACUGCAACAGUCGAUUGCCUGCAAGGAUGGCCGAAUGCUCAAGAGAUGUCAGUGUUUGGAAUAGAUGGUCGUAAUUAAGAACUUUCUUUUCUUACAAUGGGUGCUGAGGAUAAAAUAAUCGCCCAUUUCAUCAGCAAACGAUGAACACUUUAUCUUUGGAAGAGAGCUAUGACUUAAAAAAAUGGUACAGAGAAACAUAGCUGGACAUAGUCAACAAAGGAAAAUAUUCAGUAAUUUAACAUCAUAAGCAAGACUUUAUAAAAUUUUGUAUGAAUUUGUGAAAUGCACAUUUAAAGUUUUUAACUGUGAUUUAACAUCUCAAUAUAAAAUGUUAAAUAUUUUUACAGACAUGUGUCUCA